AUGGGCCUCAUCCAUUACCAAGCAGCCCCCAGCGAGCCAAGCCUGAGGCUCACCCACCAACCCCACACAAACCGACCGACCCGCGGACCCACAAUCAACCUACCUGCCCCACUAACCCCUCCUUGCGGCCGCCUGCUGGGACAGCAGCUGCCAUCGAUGGCGGGUGGCUCACUUGGCGACUGCUGCCUCUCGAGCUUGCCAGCAUUGCUGACCGGUGUAGUAUUCUUCCUCUUUCUGCCAGCAACAACAUUCACCACCAUCCCACGAGUGCUUGAUCUUGAAGAACAACAACCAACAGAUAGACAACUAUCCCUUAUUUCACCCAAGAAUCACUUAGUGGAAAGACACAAAAGCCAAACGCCAAGAUGCUCAGUACGCACCCUCACCGGAAAGGAAAUCGAGCUCAACGUCGAGGGCUCCGACAAGGUCUCCAAGAUCAAGGAGCUGGUGGAGGAGAAGGAGGGGAUCCCGCCCGUGCAGCAGAGGUUGAUCUUUGGGGGGAAACAAAUGGUCGACGACAAAACCGCUGAUGACUAUGGGCUUGAGGGUGGCGCGACGUUACAUUUGGUUUUGGCGUUGAGGGGUGGGCUUUAA